GCUACACUUGGUUACCCUCUCUACUGAACUCCUCCGUGAUUGAGCAGGGGAACGCAAUCCGGAAGUGGGGUUUUGCGAUACGGAGUUUCGGGACUCGUAACCGUGGAAAUUUUACACUAUUAAGUCAUCUACUUUUCCGAAGGAUUAAAGCUUUUCCGGGUGGUGGUGAUCGUCAGGUUUUGUUUCACUGUUUCAUUCAUCUACACUGAUACGAUGGGGCUCCCUGCGCUGGAAUUCAGCGAUUCCUUUCUGGACAGCCCCGACUUCAGAGAGCGACUCAAAUGCCAUGAAAUUGAGCUGGAUCGUACAAAUAAAUUCAUAAAGGAACUCAUCAAAGAUGGCAAUAUGCUUAUCAGUGCGCUUAAAAAUCUUUCUGCAGCGGUGCAAAAAUUUUCCCAGUCCCUUCAAGAUUUCCAGUUCGAGUGUAUUGGCGAUGCAGAGACUGAUGAUGAGAUUAACAUUGCCCAGUCAUUCAAGGAAUUCUCCCAGCUGUUGAACACAGUGGAGGAGGAAAGACGGCGACUUAUACAGAAUGCUGAUGACGUCUUGAUCACACCACUGGAGAAGUUUCGUAAAGAGCAGAUUGGAGCCGCCAAAGAAGGAAAGAAGAAAUUUGACAAGGAGACGGAAAAGUAUUACACCGUUUUGGAGAAGCACUUAAGCCUGUCUUCUAGAAAGAAAGAGUCCCUUUUACAGGAGGCAGACGCCCAGAUAAAUAAGGAAAGACAGGUCUUCUAUGACGCCUCUCUGGAAUAUGUUUUCAAAAUCCAAGAAGUGCAAGAGAGAAAAAAAUUUGAAUUUGUUGAGCCGCUCCUGUCAUUCCUCCAGGGAUUGUUCACCUUUUACCAUGAGGGUUACGAGCUGGCACACGAGUUAGAGCCAUAUAAGCAACAAUUGCAGUUCAACCUUCAGAAUACAAGGAAUAAUUUUGAGAGCACAAGACAGGAAGUGGAGAAUCUGAUGAGAAGGAUAAGGUCUGCGGAGCAGGACUUUAAAGCCCCAGGACAGUGGACCAUGGAAGGCUUCCUCUAUGUGCAGGAGAAGCGACCCCUGGGGUGCACAUGGAGUCGACACUACUGCACAUAUGAGAAGGGGACCAAAAUGUUUACAAUGAGCAACUCCGAGUUCAAGUCUGGAGGCAAACAGAAUGGACUGAUCAUGAGUCCCCCCGAAAUGUUUAAGCUGAAGUCCUGCAUUCGACGAAGGACAGAUUCCAUAGACAAGCGGUUCUGCUUUGAUAUUGAGGUGGUGGAAAGACAUGGCAUCAUCACACUGCAGGCUCUCUCUGAAUCCAACAGACGACUGUGGAUGGAGGCCAUGGAUGGAAAAGAACCGAUUUACACCCUUCCAGCCCUUCUGAGCAAGAAAGAGGAAACAUUCCUAAAUGAAGCAGGCUUUAAUUUUAUAAGGAAGUGUAUAGAGCUCGUAGAAGCCAGAGGCAUUAACACAAUGGGGCUGUACAGAAUAGGUGGAGUCAAUUCUAAAGUGCAACGACUUAUGACCUCAGUUUUUGCAGCCAAAGCUCCUACAGAUAUGGACCUUGACCCAGACACCUGGGAUAACAAGACCAUCACCAGUGGCCUGAAGAAUUACCUCAGGUGUCUUGCAGAACCCCUCAUGACCUAUAGAUUCCACAAAGACUUCAUCAUGGCAGUCAAGUCUGAUGAUCAGAACUACAGAGUCUGUGCUGUUCAUGCGCUCGUCCACAAGCUGCCUGACAAGAACAGAGAGAUGCUGGAUAUUCUAAUCAAACACCUGCAUGUGGUUUCCACACACAGCCAGAAGAAUCUGAUGACCGUGUCUAACCUGGGUGUGAUUUUUGGCCCCACACUCAUGCGGUCACAGGAAGAGACAGUGGCUGCCAUGAUGAACAUCAAGUUUCAAAAUAUUGUUGUGGAGAUUCUCAUAGAAAACUACGACAAGAUAUUUCACCAAGCUCCAGACCCUAACGUCCCUCUGCCCCUGCCACAGCCUCAGUCUCACUCUCAUUCUCAAUCUCGUACCAGCGCCCGCCGUAGCAAAGCUAUCUGCCUCUCCACCAGAUCCCGCAAGUCCAGAGGCCUGUACCCUCCCACACUGUGUCUAGCUGAUGCCGACAGUGACACAUUUAGUAGCAGUCCUAGCAGCACUCCAAUGGGCAGUAUGGAGUCUCUCUCCUCACACUCUUCAGAACAGAACAGCUGUUCCAAGACCGGCUCCCCCUCGCAUUUCAAACACAAGGCAUCAGGAAGUCUGUGCUGGACCACUCCCUCUCCUUCCUCUAACGGGCCCAAAAGCUCAGCAUGCACCACCAGCCCUGACUCCAGCUCCAAAGAGGAUGCCACCAAGACGGAUGGAGAAUGGGAAGAGGCAUUGAGUACGAGCCCAGGGGAUCAAGGGUCUCCAGAGCUAGUCCAGAAGCGACUGGAGGUUCAUGGUGAUGAACAGCGCAGCCUGUCCUCCUGUUCUUCUCUCACUUCACUGCAUAUCUCUGAAGGUUUCAGGAGCUGUCACGGUUCCAUUCAGAGUCUUGUAUCACGCAGUCAGAGAGACAGUCUGAAGUCCCUGCAUCUGCCUGAGCUUCCUCCUAAAGAGACUGUGAGAUACAGACCUGAUUCCUCAGCCAGUAAUGGCUACCAGAGACCUGGAUCUGUGGUGGCCUCCCGGGCAGCAAUCUUUGAGACCCAUGUGAUUUCCCAGCCCACUACUUUGGGAAGAGAGGCAAAAGCCUUGUAUUCCUGUAAAGCAGAGCACAGUCAUGAGCUCAGCUUCCCUCAGGGGGCACUCUUCUCCAACGCUUUGAAUUUGUGCUUGUCAAUGCAGUGUAUCCCUCUGUUGAACCCGGUUGGCUACAAGCAACAUAUGAUGGCAAGACUGGACUCAUCCCAGAGAAUUAUGUGGGGUUCCUCUGAUGGGGCUGAAAAAGGCAAAGUCCAUGGUAUCCAUGGUGAUCAUUUCUGCAAAAAGGGACCAUUUAUGUACAUUUAUGCCAAACUGUAUGUAAUAGUUUUAUUGCAUACUUGCAUUAUAACUACAUCAUUAACCAUUUCAUACGAUAAUGUUUGUUCAGGAUGUAGAUAUUACAUUUGUCUUAAAUGUUUUAAUAGAUUAUUGCCUUCUAGGUACAUGCAGUUGACUGUAAUAACACACACAUAUCUUUAUUUAUAUAUAGUCCAUAAUGCUUAUGGGCUGUGAUAUUUUAAAUCUGUAAUUCAAGAGAUGAGCUUGCUCAUAACUCUGAUUAGUGCUGCGGUACAGUUCUGAAGGGGACUAUAGAUAUGGGUUAUACAGAGGGAGAAGUACACCUGUACCAUAAGCAUACAAAAUUAUUUCUGUCUGUGAAGAGCAUAAAAGUAAAUGAAAAGCAAAUGCUAACGGCACUCCUGCAGAAGUUAUUAUUAAUAAUGUAACACUUAUGUGAUUAUUAGUGGUGUGUUUUAUUUACUUUAAAGUGGUACCAAAAGAUCAGACAUGUUUGGUAGAUGCAGGUCAUCUGUAAUUUAGUCAAUGUGCGGUGCCACUGAGCACAGACCUUUUAUUUCAACAGUAGUAACAGUGUUAUUGAAUCUUUAAAAGAAUCGUUUUCAAAAUGUGUCACCCAUUGUAAAUCUGUGCAAUUGGUACAAAACUUGGCAAAACAUUUCAAAAAAGAACCUUUCAGUGUUCUUAACAUUAUUUUAACAAAAUAUCGUCACUUAUUUAAUUAUACUGUAACGCUUUAAAAUAAGGUUCCAAUCAUUAACAUUAGUUAAUGCAUUAUGUAUCAUGAACUAACAAUGAACAACAUUUUUUACAGCAUUUAUUAAUCUUUGUUAAUGUUAGUUAAUAAAAAUACAAUUGUUCAUUGAUAGAUCAUGUUAGUUCAUAGUGCAUUAACUAAUGUUAACAAAUACAACAUUUGAUUGAAAAAAAAAAUAUUACUAUAUGUUGAAAUGAACAUUAACCAAGAUUAAUAAAUGCUGUAAAAGUAUUGUUCAUUGUUAGUUCAUGUUAACUAAAGUUGUUGAGUAAUGUUAACAAAUGGAACCUUAUUGUAAUGUGUUACCAUUAUACUAAUAUACUUUGACGUUUUUGUGGCAUUUGAUAAAUCAAUGUUAUGCUAACAAAAAGUGUCCAUUAGAUAGUUUAGUUUCUACUGAAUAUAUUUGUGUGAGUGUAAUAUAGUGCAUUUUAAAUGAAGUACAAUCAACAAAAGAGAAAAUACAUCUGGCAGUGUUACAUUUUGUUGUUGAGUGUGUCUCAGAUACAUGUAAUCUGUAAUAUUUUGUGCUCGCAAAAAAUGCAGUUGUUCAUGUAAUGGUUCUGCUGUAUUUUAUUUUACACUGGUUUAGCAUUUCAAUAUUUUUAAAUGAAAAAUAUGACAUGCAGAUUAUAAUAAUGGUUAUUAACAUCAUGCACAAAGUAAUUUAAUGUUUGAAUUGUCAUUUUCUCAUAAAGCAUUUUAACUAUUAA